GUCGACGUCACGUGUGCGUCUCCUUCACUCGGUUACGUCCGUCGUUUAGCCUCGGCUGCUUCUAACGCCGUGAGACACUCGACGUAAACAAGCGGCGGAGAGAGAAACCAAGACGGCCGUCGACUGGACCGGUCCGGUACCGGUGUCACGUCUCUCACCGAGCCGAUGGACUGAGGGGGUCUCACACCUUUGAAGUUGUCAUCAGUGAAGCCCGAAGCUCGGGUCCGUUAUUAUUGGCUCCUGUGAGCUCAUGUCGGCGUAAACUUUUUCAAACACUCGCCGAGCUCCAGCGGACGGAUUCCACUAAAAACCCUCUUAGACAACCACUUGGACCAAUGGACAAGUCCUGCCAUCCUUCUCCCUCCAUGCCUGUUUUAUAAUCGAGAACCUUUUUGUACUGUUUAGUUUCCCAUCCAUUUGACCAGCUCUCCACACACCAUGGCCAGCAAAAGAAAGUCGACUACGCCUUGCAUGAUCCCUAGUAAGACUAUCCGCUCAGUUGAGGAGGUUGAGCGGGACUCUGCGGUUCCAGUUCGUCCACCCAGGAUUUCCUUAAGCGACAGGCUCAGCCCUCUAGUCUCAUUUGAGUCUUUCAUUCCAGAAAGCGAUGCUGGUACUUACACCUGCAAGUCAUGUAAUUUUGACACCCGUGACCUCAACCUGUUUUUGGAUCACGUCUACACUGUGCACCCAGAAUUCAGGGCGGACCCGGGAUUCGUUUGCAGAAGCUGUGGAGUUUCGGCGCCCAAGUUUGAGGGGCUGGCCCUGCACAAUGCCAGGGUUCACCCCAGCACAUUGACCACCACUCUACACCUGAGGAGAAGGGACAGGAGGAUGGUGGUGGAGCAGAACGUGGUGGUUGGGGCAGAGACUUGCAAGGACGGUGAGAUUUCUAUCACCAAAACCCCGAUCAUGAGGAUGCUGAAGGGCAAGUCGGAAUCCAAACGGAUUGUUGUGUCUCACUCUGUCUCUGAUGAGCCAUCCUCAGAUUCACACUGUAUCUCUGCAAUCAGAGAGCCUGAAAGAAAAGAAGCCGCUACGGUGACGGUCACCCACGUUCCUACAAUUGUUCACAAUGGAACAGCAAAGGCCACACUGCCGUCAGCGAUUCAGAUUGUUAAUGGCACGACAACAUUACCGAUGUUAAAGACACCCAUCACACAAGUUGUUUCUGUCGCGCAAAACAAACACCUUCAUCACUCUUCACCAAUCACAGUCUCUUCAAAUAUAUCCUCUUCUUCUUCACCUUCAUCCUCUCAAAAUCUACCCAAGGUGAUGAUCCCUCUGAGCAGCAUCCCCACCUACAGUGCCUCCAUGGACUCCUCUUCUUUCCUGAAGACCUCCUUCAGUAAGUUCCCGUACCCCACAAAGGCUGAGCUCUGCUACCUGACCGUGGUCACCAAGUUCCCUGAGGAACAGAUCAAGAUAUGGUUCACAGCUCAGCGGUUGAAACAAGGGAUCAGUUGGUCCCCCGAGGAGAUAGAGGAGGCCAGGAGAAAGAUGUUCAACACCAUCAUUCAGACGGCGCCGGCCAGCUUGCAGAACCAGACUCGAAGUCACCACAGCUCAGCUCAGCACACCAUCACGGUUCUACCUGCCUCCCUGGGGUCCACAGGGAUCCCUCAGUUUUUGCAGGGAUCUCUUGUCAGCCAGGGAGGGGUUAUAGUCACACAGCCUGUGGUGGCCAAUGGUAUCCAGGUUAGCGGCGCUCCUGUGGCCCUGGCGGUCACACCUAAGCCCCAGGCAGCAGCUCGACCCACCAUGCAGGCCCGACCUGCUGCACCCUUGUUGGCAGACAAAGGCACCGGCAUGGUGGUGGGUACAGUGGGCAGCAGCAGUGCAGGGAGCAACAUCAUCACCAGCAGUAAAAGUGGGGGAGGAGGUACUGGCAGUAGUGAAGCUGGUGCCAUCAACCUUAGUCUUGGAAACAGCAAUCACAGUAACACUAAGGUGAACAGUGUCAACGGUAAACGCAGCGGCGCUAAAGCCGACUCGGCAGACAAGAGCAAUAAUAAUGUUAGCAGCCAGGCCACUUCUGAGAAAACUGAUGCGAACAAAGCUCAGCCCAGAGUGGUGCAGAGUGACAGGAAGGCAACCACAGAAAGCAAAGCCGUAAACAAUAAAUCAAGUGACGAUGGACAGAAGAGUGACCAUGCUGAUGCUAGCAACAGAAGUAACUCAGCUAGCUCCGAUGAAGCUGAUCCCUCUUCUAGUGACUCUUCAGCCAUUAAAAUGGAUGAGGCUUCAUCUCCUGCCUUGAAGUCUUCCUCGCCUCCUCCUGCAGCACCCCCCAGCACUACACCUGGCUCCCGGAUUUCUGUCAACACAUUGUUGGACCCCAGCUUUUACAAGGGGAAGAAGUCUCAGGUGCAGCUCAACACCCUGAAGGACAGUUUCCAGCUGAACCAGUGGCCUGACCAGGAGGAGGUGGAUCGCCUCAUCGCUCUGACUGGUCUCACUGUGCGAGAGGUCCGCAAGUGGUUCAGUGACCGGCGCUAUCACUUCCGUAACCACAAAGGCCCUCGCUCCAGCGUGGCGGGGCCGAGUAAGCCCAGCACUGCAUCGGGGGCAGGGAGCACACCGGUGAGCAGCACUGACUCUGAAAGUGGCACUCCUGUGGAUCUGUCAGAAGGAAGCAGCAGCUCAGGGGCCAAGACGCCUCAGCCGAGCUCCCGUAAUGCGCCCCCAAGCCCACCUGCAAAACAGUCUCCUACUUCUCCCACCACACCUUCCCGCCGAUACCCCAAAGUGCCCUCACCCGACUUCACUGCCGUCCGCUACAAGGAGAGAGACCCCCAUCAGGUUAAGGCCCUUGAGGCCAGCUUUGCCCAGAACGCUGACCCAGCAGGAGAGGAAGUGGACCGGCUGCGCUCUGAGACCAAGAUGACCAGGAGGGAGAUCCACAACUGGUUUGCUGAGAAGAGAAAGAGAGUGGCAGCUGAGAAAAAGAAGGACGAGAUCGACCAAGCGCAGAAGGAGGACGAGGAGGAGAUGGAGGUUGAUGCAGAGGACAGACAGAGAGACGAUGGUUCAGGAGAACCAAAAGUAAACCCAAUCAAGAUAAACCUGAAGAUGCUGAAGGUGACGGAGGCCAGUGGCAAAACGGAGGGUGAGGGGUUGGAUAAUCCCACUGUAUCGACUCCCACUGUAACGACUCAGUCCAGCAGCACGCCUGCUUCCUCUGUCGUCCCCACCUCUUCCAGCACGCCUAAACUAUCCCAGCAAUCCACCCCAGCACUAAAAACGUCCCAAUCUCCUAAACCCCCAAUAGUCCGAGGCAAAAAGACAGCAGAGCAGCUGCAUCUGCUCAAACAAGUCUACGCUCGAACCCAAUGGCCCACCGCCUCUCAGUACGAUGAAAUGAUCUCCGGCACCGGGCUGCCCAGACCUGAGGUGGUGCGCUGGUUCGGGGACUCCAGGUACGUGCAGAAGAACGGGCUGCUGAAGUGGCUGCAGGAGUACCAGAGCAUGGCCCUGGAGGAGGACCUACAGGAGGAGAACACAAAGGUCCUGCAGGAUCAUCUUGACACGCACAGCAAACUGGAAGAAUCACAGGUGCAGGAGCUGACUGAGAGCAGUGGUUUGACAGCAGACCUGGUGCGACACUGGUUCUCCACCAGGACGACCCUGCCCGGGACAAAACAAGCUGCUGCUGCUCAGACGACGGGACCAGAACCAGUUGAAACAGGCGUGGCAGCAGAGCUACCAGGAUCCUCCCCUCUGGAGCCGAGGCCAGGAGGCGGGACGGAGGAGAAAAUGGAGCAGUCGGUGUGUGGUGUCACGUCCGAAGCUGGAGAGGCCAACGCUGACGAGACGCUGAACGCUGCUGAAGGAACAGAAGAGGCCGUCGUAUGAUGGUGGAGCUCAACGCAGGCGGUCUUUGUUCUGGGAGGCUGACUACAAGACAACAGAUGGACUCUGUAACGGGAUCACUGGAUGGAAAUGGAUCCUGAAUCCAUCUCCACCACUCACCCCUUUUCCUACUCUCACCCCUUAGAGGUAGGCAUGCCCCCCUCACCCCCCCGCCCCGACCUCCAAUGCAAACGACUCCAUCUCCAUUUUUUUUGUCCGUCAGCCAUUUUUCCCUUCAGGAGUUUCUUGUAGAAACAGAAGUGCCGGUGUGGAGGCUGACGGUGUGCUGGUUGGCAUUUGGACAUUUUAUCUGCAGCACUUGAACACGUGUCGAGUCCUUGUCUACAGAAAACUGCACAAAUCUUUGCUGCAGGGUGCUUGCUGAGGCCUUAGAGGAACCUCUUUUCAGUCGUUUUGAAUUCUUGCUAUCGUUUUCCAUCAUGUUUGCUGCUUACGUUACAUGUACAAGCCAGGCUGCUUCCAGUUCGUCUUCAUUUGUAAAUGGACAUUCAGUCUUUUUAUUCUUUGCUUAGAAAGGAAAAAACAACGUCUGACAUUGAAUAUUGUUAAAACAAGGCUCUCAAAAACACCCAACAAAAAAAACAACACUCCAGACUUUAUAGAUAAACGGUUUGUGUUGUAGCAUCAUGUGCUGCUUUUACGUCAGACAUGUUUGUUUUUAAUGGAACUUUCUUACUGUGCAAAAACAUAAGACUGUAAAACCAGUGAACUUUACCAGUUUCACACUUAAGCUUGGUGUAUAAUUUUUACAGAUGUAUUUGCAGAAUAAACGGAAUGUAAAGAGUUUGUGCCUGCAAGUCAUUGGACUGAGUGAUGCACAGCAUUAUUAAGAGCAAAACAUUAACGGUCAACCCUUUAAUCAAAAUGAUGAAUUAUACUUCGUACAUAAUGGUUUAGAAAACAAAUGUACGGUCCUGC